AAGAGGGAGGAGUCGGUGCGUCCACAGCCCAAGAGGGAGGAGUCGGUGCGUCCACAGCCCAAAGAGGGGGGAGUCGGUGCGUCCAUAGCCCAAGAGGUGGAAGUCUGCGCUUCCACAGCCUUAGGACCCAAGCUGCAGUCCCAAGAGCCAGAAGGGGAGGAGUUACAGGCUCAACCCCCUGAAUUUUUCUGGGGGGGAGAAGGGCAGGAUGCUGGUGUUCCCCAGCAGCCUCUAUUUAUGCUGCUGAAGGGAGCACGGCACACGCCAGCCCAGCCGCCACAGCAGAGGGAGCCAGCACCGCCACAGCCUCCCUCUGAGUGGCCAGCAUCCGCCCCAUCGCCUCUGCCUCCACCACCACCAGGAGCAGAGCAGCAGGAGCUGCCUCUGUCUCCACCACCACCAGGAGCAGGGCAGCAGGAGCUGCUUCUGUCUCCACCAUCACCAGGAGCAGAGCAGCAAGAGCUGCCUCUGCCUCCGCCACCUCCACCAGCAGAGGGUGAAUGCCUGCUGGUUCCACAUCCACCGUCGUGGGAGGACUGCUUGCCCCUCCCACCUCCACCAGCAGAGGGUGAAUGCCUGCUGGUUCCGCCUCCACCGUCGUGGGAGGACUGCUUGCCCCUCCCACCUCCACCAGCAGAGGGUGAAUGCCUGCUGGUUCUGCCUCAACCGUCGUGGGAGGACUGCUUGCCCCUCCCACCUCCACCAGCAGAGGAUGAAUACCUGCUGGUUCCGCCUCAGCCGCCGUGGGAGGACUGCUUGCCACUCCCAGCUCCACCAGCAGAGGGACACAGGGUACGAGGGAGAAGUGGAGCUCCCGCUGCCGCCUCCAUGGCCAGGGGCUCCCCUCCCGAGUUCGCCUUCCGAGGGUCCGCUGCGGCUGCCGUCGCCUUCCGAGGGUCCGCUGCUGCUGCCGUCGCCUUCCGAGGGUCCGCUGCUGCUGCCGUCGCCUUCCGAGGGUCCGCUGCUGCUGCCGUCGCCUUCCGAGGGUCCGCUGCUGCUGCCGUCGCCUGGGGUCGCCAGGGAUCCUGCUUCGCCUGGGGUCGUCGAGGGUCCGGCUUUGCCUGGGGUCGCCAGGGAUCCUGCUUCGCCUGGGGUCGCUACACGAUGGCCGGAGCUCCAUGAAAGGGAGCUGCCAGAAAUGAAGAAAGGGGGGGAGGUCAGGAGACCAGCUCCCCCAGCCGCACUUUCGCGGCUGGAGAUCAUGUGGUCGGAGCCCCACGGAGGGGAACUGCCGGCCAUGAAGAAG